AUGCAGACAGUCGCACUAGCUCAAUUACAGUUAAAUGGUGGCUCUGAAUCCUCUACAGACUUCCAGACGUGCCAAUCGCCUGAAGAAGGCCACCCUACAUUAGGCCUCAAGGGCGACGGCGGUAAUCUCUCCCUAUUACCACCAUCGAGCCUGGUAGAUACCAGAAAGAAUAUUUUACGAACUCGCGUUGCACGCUCUUCUUCAGGUCGACAGCCCAAGAGGGGCAGACCUCGGAAGAAGCGCAAUCAAUCCGCGCCCAGCGAGGACGAGGCGGCCAUUCAGAAAGCCAAGUACUCUCACUCGGUCAUUGAGCGGCGGUAUCGUGACAAUCUCAAGGGCCCAGCUCUCUCCGGCCGAGUUCGCAAGUCCGACAUCAUGUUAAGAGCCGUCAAUUACAUCCACCAGUCGGAAGUCGAGAUCCGGCACAUGGAUGACGAAAUCAAACGUCUCCAGGACCAAGUUUGCAUAUUCCAGAAGCUCGUCAACUGCGACGACUGCUCGCCGCUGAAGGAUAUGGUGUUGCUCGGCAUUGUUUAA